AAUCAGUAAUCUUUGAUACCAUUAAUUAGUAUGUAGAACUUUUGUGGAUCAUUUCUUGAUAGAUGGUAUAAUACCAAAUUUAAUUUGACCUAAUAUGUUUAUGAUAUUGAUAAGUAGUUAAGAUAAAAAGACUAAAUAAUUCACAUUUUAAAUGAAACAAUAAAGAAUGAUGUAGGGAUAGAAGUAAGACUAAUAUUUUAAUUUAUAAGUAAAGAAUAGAUAAAUUAAAGUAAACUUGUUCCAAAAUCAUUUGGUUUUCUUAUAGAAAUAAAAUUCCAAAAUUUUAAAGUUUUAGUUUCUUUUUAUUUAGGAGUAAGCUCUCUUACAUCAGAUACAGGUUGGGGAUGUAUGAUUAGAGUAGCUCAAAUGAGUUUAGCAUAGAUAAUUAGACAUUAUCAUUAAUUUAAAAAAGCAGAAUAAUUGAUAGUUUUAAUUAGACAUUUUAUAGAUGACGAUCAAGAAGAGUUGAAUGAUUUUAUUAAGUAAACAGAUAAGAACUAAUAACAAUAUUAUCAUGCUCCAUUUUCUAUUUAAAAAAUAGUACAUUAUGCACAAGUUGAACUUAAGAAAGAACCUGGAGAAUGGUAUAAACCAAAUGAAAUACUUUAAAUAUUAGAAUACUUAUUUAAAUACUCUUAAUGUAAAUAGAAUAUUCAAUAUAAGACUCUAUUAAUAUGGAUAUGUAUAUUGAUUAUGAUGGUAGUUUUAUUCUCCAGAAGGCAAUUCAAUAAAUGUUUAAUUAUGAUAAAGGUAAUGAAGAGUGGUUAAAAUAAUAUGUUCUAAAUAAUAUUUAAUUCAAGUUAAAAGCUGAUAAAGGAAUAGCUAUAUUUAUACCAUCUAGAAUUGGACUUUAAAAUGUAAAUAAGGAUUAUUUGUAAGUGUUAAAUAAUUUAAUGACUCUGCCUUAUUUUCAUGGUAUAAUAGGUGGAGUUUCAAAUAAAGCCUUUUAUAUUGUUGGUAGAAUAUAAGAUUACUAUAUAUAUCUUGAUCCGCAUUAUGUAUAAACAGCUUAGAAUUUUGAGGAUCUUUUAAAAAGUUAAAUUUCGUAUACUUGCUAGAAUAUCUAAUUAAUUCAUAAUGAACUAAUGGAUCCAUCAAUUGUUAUAUGCUUAUGUAUCAGUAAUGCACUUGAACUAUUGGACUUAUGGCAAAUAGUAAAUUAAUUAAUAAGAGUUAGCUUAAUUAAAUGAAGUAAGAAUAUCAAGAACUAUUUUUUAUUUCAGUUUUGGAAACUAAGGCUGAAAUAAAGGAGAUCCAAUAUAUUGAUUAUGAAGAUGAAGAUCACGAUAUAGUAAACAUCCUGAAAUGA